AGCCGGUUUAAACCGGUCGGUUUUUCCCAUCCCUAUUUUUUGAGAAGUUUCAUGCGGAGCGGAUGAUUUGAUUACAAAAGCCAGUCUUUAACGCUCGUUCUACAAAGUGCUUUUAAUAACAAUUAUUUAGAACGGUAUUAUAAUUUGCGCAUAGUGAUGCAUUAUUCAAAAGCCUUUGCAAUUUUGCUAUUCACAUUCCUGCAUAUUUCGUCAAUAACAUCUGAGAAGUCUUAUCGCAAAUCGUUCAUCAAUCCAUAUCCCAGGUUCAAGGCUUAUCACGAUGACGGUGACCCCGGCGAACCGCUUUUCUUAACUCCCUACAUUAUGACAAACAAAACAACAGAAGCUCGAAAAUUAGCUGCAGUUAAAGGAAAUCAAUUUCAACAAGUAGAAAGCUAUUCUGGUUAUCUAACUGUUGAUAAACAUUACAAUUCUAAUUUGUUCUUUUGGUAUUUCCCUGCUGAGGUCGAUCCUAUCCAUGCUCCAGUUGUUCUCUGGUUGCAAGGUGGACCAGGUGCAUCUUCUUUGUUCGGCUUAUUCACUGAAAAUGGUCCAUUCCAAUUUGAUGGGGAAAAAUUGAAAAAAAGAGAUUUCCGAUGGAGUCGAAAAUUGAAUUUGAUUUACAUUGAUAAUCCCGUAGGAACAGGGUUUAGUUUUGCCGAUGAUGAGGCUGGCUAUUCUCGAAAUGAAAAACAAGUUGGUCAUAAUCUUUAUGAAGCCAUGAAACAACUUUUUAUGUUGUUUGAUUUUUCAAAGACCAAAGGUUUUUAUGUAACUGGGGAAUCAUAUGGCGGGAAGUAUGUUCCCGCCUUAGCUUAUUACACUCAUCAUGCCCAGAAAAAAUCUGGCCCUAACGAUGUAAAGAUACCCUUAAAAGGCAUGGCCAUUGGGAAUGGUCUCUCUGAUCCAGAACACCAAAUGAAUUACGGAGACUAUCUCUACCAAUUGGGUUUGAUUGACUCAAAUGGCAGGGAUGAAUUCCAAGCUGCCGAAAAGAAAGGCAUCGAUUGCAUCCACAAGCACGACAUGAAUUGUGCCUUUGAUGUGUUUGAUAGUCUCAUUAACAUGGAUGAGUCUUCGUACGGGUCACUAUUCCGCAAUCUCACCGGUUACGAUCAAUAUUUCAAUUAUUUAUCAACCAAACCUGACACUUCAGAUGCAUUUAUGGGAGAAUUCUUGCAAUCAGCUUUAACCAGACGAGCCAUUCAUGUUGGUAAUAAAACAUUCCACGAUCUAGAAGGUGAGAAUAAGGUUGAGGAGUAUUUGAAAGCAGAUGUAAUGGAUAGCGUUGCUACUUGGGUAGCUGAUAUAUUGAAUGCUGAUGAAAAAUACAAAGUUUGGAUUUACAAUGGCCAAUUGGAUAUUAUUGUAGCCUAUCCGUUGACUAUGAAUUAUUUACAAAAAUUGAAAUUUAAUGCAGCUGAGAAAUAUAAGGAAGCUAAGCGUGCCAUCUGGUGGGUGGAUGGAGAAAUUGCUGGUUAUAAAAAAGAAGCUGGUUCACUGACUGAGUUGCUAGUUCGUGAUGCUGGCCAUAUGGCACCAAUGGAUCAACCCAAAUGGGUCUUUGAUUUGAUUAGUAAUUUUACAGAGACAAAUAAUUGAAAGAGAAGAAGAAUCUCUCAGAAAUAAAAAAUUG